AUGAGCCCUAGGUUAGAAGGUGUUGAAGAAGUGAAAGUAGUGACAUACAUUCAGAGCUCCUUAAAACAGGGACAACUUGACGUCUCUGUGAAACAGAGUGCUCCCACAGCACACGAGGAGCCACGCAGGUGUUCCGAUGCCUACAGGACAGACUUAUGGACAAACGCCUUGGUACAGCCCACCCGCACCGCCUGUCUUCAUCUUCUGCCCGCGCUCCCCAAGUACCCUGAAGCGGAGGCAGGAAAAGCACGGCCCGCAGUCUCACCCUCCUUCCCGCCCAACACGGUACCGCCCAGGCUAGCACCACCUUCUCACCCCCACCCCCACCACGCGCCCCUACGCGGCCCUCGGCAGCUGCUGCGCAUGCGCCGACUGACGAUUCGCGCUCCCAUUGGCUGGCGGUCGAAGCACGGCCGGGGCACGCGGUGGCGGCGAUAUAAGGCGUCUCGGGAGACAGCGCCAUGUUAUUUGGAGCGGAGAGUGGAAGUUGCGGUUUCUGGUAGGGGGUGCGCGGCGCGGAGCAUCGGAACCGCAGCGGAACUGGGCGUGGGGCGAGGGCAGUGCGUGCCGGGGAGAGGUGAGCUGCUGGCAUUCGCCAUGGAAGAGGACUGGGACACGGAGCUCCUGGAGCAGGAGGCGGCAGCGGCUUCACAGCGGCAUUUUGACGAGUGGGCGUGGACGGCUAACUCUGGCAGACCAAACAGCCCAUCCCUCCACUUCUCCAGCAGACCAAGCAGCCCCUUGUCUGGCUUCCCAGGUAGACCAAACAGCCACUUCUUUGGCUUUAGUCAGAAUAAAGGCUCACUCGGUGCUAAUGAAGGACCUAACAGAAAUCUGCAUAUGCAGCGCGACAUUGGAGGUUAUUCUGGGAGCAGAGAUUCUGUUCUAUGUCUGAACAGAGAAGAUCAACCAGUAACUGGAUUUGGUAGAGGGAGAAGUUCUGGAAGCAGAGAUUUUCAAGAGGGGAACUCCGCAAAUGAUCCUGGUAUGCAAGAACAAGGUUUUAGAGACAUUCCUGGCAUCUUUGGGCAAAGCAAGUGUUUUAACAGUGAGAUAAGAAACAGUCCUCUGCGUGGCAGCCCCUUUGCCCCAGGAGUAAGUGGAGCAGUUGGAGGUCCUGCAGCAGGAGUUAAUAAAGGAUGCUAUGAAGAAAUUGUUUGUGGAAGAGGUCCAAAGGUGACUUACGUGCCCCCUCCUCCACCUGAUGAUGAACAGUCCAUCUUUGCACGUUAUCAGUCAGGAAUUAAUUUUGACAAGUAUGAUGAAUGCACUGUUGAGAUGUCAGGACUUGACCCUCCAACACCAUUACUGGCUUUUGAAGAAGCUAACUUCUCUCAGAGUUUAAGGAAGAAUAUAUCUAAAACUGGAUAUUCAAAACUUACUCCAGUGCAGAAGUACAGCAUUCCAGUUAUACAAGCAGGGCGGGAUUUAAUGUCGUGUGCCCAGACAGGAUCAGGAAAAACAGCAGCUUUUCUUCUACCAAUUGUGGACCAGAUGAUGAAAGAUGGUAUAACUGCAAGUGUCUUCCAAAAGCAGCAAGAACCACAAUGCGUUAUUGUUGCGCCAACUAGAGAACUGAUAAAUCAGAUCUUCUUAGAAGCAAGGAAGUUUGUGUAUGGGUAAGCU